AUGGAAGACAAUCAAUCGUGCAUCAAGAUGACGAAGAAUCCUGUGAACCAUGGUCGGGCCAAUCACGUCAACACCAAGUACCACCACAGUCGCGAUGAAGUCAAGCGUGGUGAUGACAAGUCGGAGUACUGUGAGACUGCGAUGAUGAUGGCGGACAUCAUGACAAAGGGACUGCCAGGACCGCGUCACAGGGAAUUGACGGCAGCGCUUGGCAUACACGCGUGUUCGCAUUGA